AUGUCUCGAUCAAUUGCUGUAUUUGGAGGCAAUGGCUUCUUAGGUAAAAAAAUCUGUGAGGUUGGUGUUCGCUUGGGCUGGUCGGUCACGUCGCUUUCCAGAUCAGGUACUCCUCCAACACCUGUUUCCCACUCAGACCAUCUGUGGAUCUCCAACGUGAACUGGGUGUCUGCUGACCUUUUCAAUGCUGACUCUUACAAACAGCAUGUUGCCAAUAAGACUGCUGUGGUGCACUCUGUGGGCAUGCUUUUCGAAAACCUGGACUAUAAGAAGGCAAUCAAUUCGAACUUCAGCUUCUUGAAUGACUUCCAGAGGCUUGCUAGCAUGUUGAAGGGUCCUAACCCUUUGACGAAGAACCAUAACCUGACAUAUGAAGCUGUCCAGAGAGACACGGCUGUGAUGUUGGCAGACGCUUACCUUGAGGGCCUGAAGGACAUUGAAAACCCAUCAUAUGUAUACAUUUCGGCGGAAAUGAAACCUCCGAUCGUUCCCGAAGGGUACUUGACGACGAAGAGAGAAGCCGAAUUCGAGCUUUCUUGCAAACCCAACCUCAGGUCUAUCCUUUUACGCCCGGGCGUGAUGUACGAUGAAAGUGCUCCUCUCCAGGAGAAGAGGAAGCUCUUUGGCAAGUUCUUGGGCUUGGGCUACACGUUGAAAGAAGGCAUUAUCGGAGAUAAGAUUCCUAUCUUCAACGAACUUAUAAGGCCGCCAGUAUCGACAGAAAAGGUGGCGCUCACGCUUUACAAGAAGCUCGAAGAUCCCGAGGCUAGCGGUGUUGUUUCUCUUGACGAGAUUGUCAAUUUCUAA